AUGAGGGGAAUAGUCCUAGCCCUCCUGUUCGCCCUUGUGGCGUGCCAGAAGAUUCCAGACAAGGGCCAGACGCAAGAACCUGAGCCACGUUUUGAGCAUGGGAAACGCUACCGCUACAAGUAUGUCGCCGACGUUAUCACCACAGUGCAAGGAUAUGAGAUGGGUAGAUCUGUUGUGAGGCUGACUGGAGGGCUAGAUAUCUAUGGAGGGGAUCAAGAUAAUAUUCUCAAGAUUGUAUCUCUGAAAGUUGAAGAUGCUGUGGGAAUCUUUCCGGGAGAGCCUCCAUUUGCCGCACCCUCCAGGCAACCUGAAUCACUUAUUGCUUGCACCAAAUAUUCUUUCCUGUUUGGCUACGUCAAUGGCAAAGUUCAGAACAUCCGUGUGCCAAGAGACCCACCUCUGCCUUGUGUGAAUCUUGUCAGAGGCUUCCUGAACGGAUUUUCCAUGUCAAUUAAAAACCAGAAAGAGUAUGAGCUACAAGAGGAUGGAAUUGGAGGUGAGUGCCACACAAGAUACGUCAUCCGAGGUGACAGGAGGAGCAGCACAGUCCUCGUUUCUAAGACCAAAGACUCAAACAACUGCAGGAACAAAAUGGAGCGCAGCAUUGGAACGUUCUUCAUCCACCGUAACCCCAACUGCCUGCUGCAAAACAGGAUGAUUCAAGGGACUGAAGCUUUCACCUUCAAACUGAAAUAUAACCCCUCUGGAGCUGACGCUCAGAUCAUGCAAGUCGAUGCCGAACAAGUCUACCAGCUUUCUCCAUUCAGUGGAGCUGAGGGUGCCGGAGUUAUGAAAGCUACGCAAAGGCUCACACUGACUGAGGUGACAAAUGAACAUGCCCAACUGCCACAGGUUCAGCUUCGGAAUGUAAACAUUCAUUACGAGUUCCCAGAGGUUCUUCCCCAAAUGCUUGUCAGAACCGGAGACGUUAAGCAACAGAUUGAAGAGCUAUUGGUUGAGCUUGACCGCUUCCCACAAGACAUCCGUGGAGACAAUGCCCACAAGUACUUACAGCUUAGCCAGCUGCUCCGUUAUUUGAAUCUGGAAAAUUUGCACCUUCUCUACAAUAAGUUUUCGAACAAACCUAACGCCAGGAAUGCCUUCCUGAUUGGAGUCGCCUCUGUUGGCACUAUAGAAUCACUGACAUUCCUCAAAGAAAAAGUUGUCAAAGAUGAACUGCACGAUUUGGAAUUGUACUGGACAAUUUCCCUAGCCUUACACUCUGUCAAGCCUAACGUAGAUAAAGCUGAAGAAAUUGCUGACGUGCUAAUCAAAAUGCUCCCCAAAAUAAAGAAUACCGGAUCAGUUUGGCUUGUGAAGAUUUUCUACCUGGGAUAUGGUACCACCGUCUACAAACAAUGUGUUCAUUCUCGCUCCUGCUCCACCAAAUUGCUUGAGCCUCUGCACGACUUCCUAACUGAUGCAACCAGGGAACACAAUGAAAACAAAAUUACUCUGGCUCUGAAAGCCAUCGGCAAUGCAGCUCAGCCAGCCAGCCUGAAGCUAGUGAAAACCGUGAUUGAUUCCCACAGAUAUUCAGAAUACAUUCAAGCAGCUGCUGUUCAGACUAUGGCGCGAAUUGGCAAACAGGAACCUACAAAGGUGCAAGGCAUUCUCCUCCAGAUCUUUGCAGACCCUUCAUAUAAUGUGACCAUCCGAAUGAUGGCUUGCAUUGGCCUCUUCGAAACCAACCCUGCCAUCCCAACAGUGACAGCUAUUGCCAAUGUCUUGCUCAAAGAGAACAAUUUGCAACUGGUCAAUUUCGCCUACUCUCACAUGAAAGCUUGGUCAAAUGUCAGGAUCCCACUGUACUACAGCCUGUAA